UAAUGUCUGUUAGUGCUGUUGCUGCACCAUUUUCUGGAAGGACAAAGAUUAUUACUUUUCAACCCAGAUAUGUGAUCAGUAAUGCCUGCAACAAGGACCUGUGCUACAGGCAAAAGGGAACUGAUGUUGUUUUUCUAUUGGAGGCUGGACAACAUUCCCAUAUUCGAUGGACAGAUACAACAAGAGAAUUACUAGUUUCUUUUCGUUUUGUUGAACCUGGAUGGCAAUGGUCAGGAUGCUUCUUGCCUGAACAUUUAGGUGAUACUCAGGUGAAAAUGAGAAACUUUGUUUCUGGUGCUGUUAAUAUGAUUCGCGUAGAAGUGCAAAGUGCUGAUUUCUCCAUUAGAGAUGAAAAGAUUGUUGGAAGCCCACGUGGAAACUCUGGGACAAACCUGAUUCUUUUGUCAGAUGAUGACACAGGCUCUAUGCCAUACAGGAUUGAUAAUUUCUCAAAGGAGAGACUACGCGUUUACCAACAAAGGUGUGAGGCUUUUGAAACGAUGAUUUACUCCUACAGUUCUUGCCCUUAUGCAUGGGAUGAACCUUGUUACCCGCAUCGUUUAACUGUUGAGGUUCCUGGUGAACGUGUCGUAGGAUCAUAUACUCUUGAUGACGUAAAGGACUACACACCUGUUUGUUUAUCAGCUACUUCUGAGAAACCUGAAAGAACUCUGCUUGUUUCUGUCUGUUCUGAAGGAGCAACUAAGGUUCUUCGCAUUAUUGAUUCAAGCUGCCAUGAUUUAAACGAUUCAAAGGGCCCAUGUCUCCCACAGUUUAAAGAUAAAGGAAAUCAUGCCAGGAAGCUUGAAUCUGUUGCUCACUUCAAGGAGAGAAUUGUGGUUGACAUUCCCUUUGUUGGAAUAUCUUUAAUAAAUUCUAUACCAGAGGAAUUGCUUUUUGCUUGUGCAAGGAACAUUACCAUGAAUUUUGGGCAGAGUCUAGAUCAACAAAAGUUCUCCUUGCAAAUUAUGUCUUUGCAAAUCGAUAACCAGUUGCCUGGUACUCCUUACCCUGUCAUCCUAUCUUUUGACCAUAAUAUUGGCAUUACCAGUAGAGAUACAAGAGAUGCAGCUAUUGGGACCCAGGAACCUGCAUUCUCUGUAGUUGUAGCAAAGUGGAGGAACAAAUAUCUUUCACUGGUUUCAUUUGAAUAUAUAGGCUUAAGAGUGGCUGAACUUCAUCUAGAACUUGAUCAAGAAGUGAUAUUGAGCUUGUUUGACUUUAUCAAGUCAGUAUCUUCAAGGUUGCAGAGCAGAGUGUUGCAGCAUAUGAGUCCAACCCUACAUCCAAUAUUUUCUGAUUUGGAAUCGGAUUUGUCUAUCCAUUCCUGCUCUCUAGACUUUGAACCUCUGAAUUCAAAUUCUAAGCAGCACCCUGUAUCAAACAUUACUUUAUUUCAUGAAAGCAGCAAGAACUCUUUGCUGCCUCCAAUAAUCCCUAUUGGUGCACCAUGGCAGCAGAUUCACCUUCUGGCCAGAAAGCAGAAGAAAAUAUAUGUUGAAUUUCUUGAUAUGUCCUCAAUCAAACUGACUUUAAGCUUUUCUAGCAGUCCUUGGAUGCUUCGAAAUGGGGUCCUUACAUCUGGUGAAUCUCUUGUUCAUAGUGGUCUAAUGGCACUUGCUGAUGUGGAGGGAGCACAAAUUCAUCUCAAACAUUUGAUUCUAUCACAUCAACUAGCUAGCUGGGAAUCCAUCCAAGAGAUCCUCAUUGGGCAUUACAGUAGACAAUUUCUUCAUGAAAUGUAUAAGGUGCUUGGUUCAGCUGGAGUGAUAGGUAAUCCAAUGGGGUUCGCAAGGAGUGUAACUCUUGGCAUCAAAGAUUUCUUAUCAGCUCCUUUGCAAAGUGUUUUCCAGAGUCGUGCAGGACUUAUUAAAGGCAUGGCACAAGGCACCUCCAGUCUCUUGAGCAACACUGUCUAUGCAAUAAGUGAUACAGCCACUCAAUUUAGCAAGGCUGCACAGAAGGGCAUUGUUGCAUUUACAUUUGAUGACCACAGUAUAGCAAAUAUGGAUAGACCCCAGAAAGGAAUAUCCGCCCAGAGUAAAGGUGUAAUAAAUGAAUUCCUGGAGGGACUAACUGGUCUACUACAAUCACCUAUAAAGGGGGCUGAAAAACAUGGACUUCCAGGAGUAGUCUCAGGUAUAGCCCUUGGUGUGACGGGACUCGUGGCAAAACCUACUGCUAGUGUCCUUGAUAUCACUGGUAAAACAGCACAAAGCAUUAGAAAUUGGAGCAAGCGGCAUCACAGUGGAUGCCACCGCUUUAGGGUUCGUUUGCCAAGGCAUUUAAGCAGGGAAUACCCCUUGAGGCCAUACUGUUGGGAGGAAGCAAUUGGAUCAUCUGUACUCCAGGAGGUUGAUGAUAGUUUAAAUCUCAAGGAUGAGGUCCUAGUCAUCUGUAAUGCACUCAAAGAGGAUGGGAGAUUUGUAAUCAUCACUGAGAGACUCAUCUUAGUUGUCAGUAGCAAAAGUUUGGAAAAUUUGGGUAAGCCCGAGUUUCGUGGAGUUCCUGCUAACCUGGAAUGGGUGAUAGACAUGGAGAUUGGAAUGGAUAGCAUCAUCCAUGCUGAUAAUGAUGGUGAGGUGGUGCAUAUCAUAGGAAGUAGGUCAGAUAUAGUAAUGAAGCAGAAUCAGCAGAAAAGAGGUUGGGGAACAGAAGGCAAGCGAAGCUGGAACAAUAAUCCUCGUGCUCCUCUUCCAUUAUUCCAAACUGACUUGCUCUUUACAUCAAAAGAAAGGGCAACGGACUUUCUACACACACUUUUGUCUGCAAUUGACCAGGCUAAAGAGCAAGGCCGGUGCCAUGUGCAUCUUUUGCACCAAAGUAGCCUAAGGUAGAUUUUUAAACAAAUUAAAAGAGUGGCUAAACUUAUCAUGACAAUGUUGGAGAAAAACAGAGGAUAUGUUAAUUGUUUUGUACAUAUGCCCCAAUUGUGUAGUACGUAAUCAAUCAAGCUGAAAUUUGACAACACUCAUUGUCCUUGUCCUUUCUGUGGCUCGUAUUGUGAGCUGUAAUGCAUUCAACUGUGGUAUUGUCAGUGCCUGAGAAAGUGAAGAGAAGGUUUCUGAAUCAGUGAAUAGAAAGGUGAAUACACAGUUCUAUAUGUACAUCUAAAAGACCUCUAAGAAGGAAAUAAGACAUUAUUUCCUUAUG